AUGACCAAAAUUAAUACAAGGGCAGAGGAAAGUAUGAAAAUUGGAAAAGAGCCCGGCCAUCUUGCGGGAAGGGCUGAAGCAGGCGCUCUUGGCUUGGCGCGGCCCGCUGCAAUCCGUGGAGGAACGCGCCCCCGAGCCGCCAUCGUGCCUGGGCACUUACAGGAAGGCUUCGGCUGCGUGGUCACCAACCGAUCCGACCAGUUAUUUGACGACGAAUCGGACCCCUUCGAGGUGUUGAAGGCAGCAGAGAACAAGAAAAAAGAAGCCGGCGGGGGCGGCGUUGGGGGCCCUGGGACCAAGAGCGCAGCUCAGGCCGCAGCCCAGACAAGCUCCAACGCGGCGGGCAAACAGCUGCGUAAAGAGUCCCAGAAAGACCGCAAGAACCCGCUGCCCCCCAGUGUCGGCGUGGUUGACAAGAAGGAGGAGAUGCAGCCGCCCGUGGCGCUUAAGAAAGAAGGAAUAAGACGCGUUGGAAGACGAUCUGAUCAACAACUUCAGGGUGAAGAGAAGAUAAUUGAUAGGAGACCAGAAAGGUGACCCCCUCGUGAAGGACGAUUUGAAAAGCCACCUGAAGAAAAGGGUGAAGGAGGAGAAUUUUCAGUUGAUAGACUGAUUAUUGACUGGCCUAUCCGAGGCCUUGGUGGUCUUGGAAGAGGUCGAGGAGGUCGUGGACGGGGAAUGGGCCGGGGAGGUGGCUUUGAUUCUCGUGGCAAACGUGAAUUUGAUAGGCAGAGUGGAAGUGACAGAUCUGGCCUGAAGCAUGAGGACAAGCGUGGAGGUAGCGGAUCUCACAGCUGGGGAACUGCCAAAGAUGAAUUAACUGACUUGGGGCAAUCAAAUGUGACUGAGGAAACACCUGAAGGUGAAGAACAUCCAGUGGCAGACGCUGAAAAUAAGGAGAAUGAAGUUGAAGAAGUAAAGGAAGAAGACCCAAAAGAAAUGACUUUGGAUGUGUGGAAGGCUUUUCAAAAUAAGGACCAGGCAAAAGUAGAAUUUAAUAUCUGAAAACCCAAUGAAGGUGCUGAUGGGCAGUGGAAGAAGGGAUUUGCUCUUCAUAAGUCAAAAAGUGAAGAGGCUCAUGCUGAAGGCUCGGUUAUUCAUCACCAUUUCCGGAAGCCAGCAAAUGAUAUAACGUCUCAGCUGGAGAUCAAUUUCAGAGACCCUGGCCGCCCAGGACGUGGUGGCAGGGGAGGACGAGGUGGCCAUGGGCGUGGUGGACGUCCAAACCAUGGCAUCAGGACUGACAAGUCAAGUGCUUCUCCUCCUGAUGUGGAUGACCCAGAGGCAUUCCCAGCUCUGGCUUAACUGGGUGUCAUAAG